AUGGCCGCAUCCGAUGGCGCUUCCUCGAUCAACGUCGCGGUACGCGUCCGACCAUUUACAAUCAGAGAGGCUGCACAGAUCUCCAAGUCCGAUGACGGCCCUCUCUUCCUAGGUGACGGGUCGUUGGCAGGCGUGCCGGCCCCGAAGCUCAACCAGAAGGGAAUCCGGUCCAUUGUCAAGGUGAUUGACGACCGAUGCUUGGUCUUCGAUCCUCCGGAAGAUAACCCCGUCCAAAAGUUCUCCAAGAGCGUCGUGCCCAACGGCAAGCGCGUCAAGGACCAGACCUUCGCCUUUGACCGCAUCUUCGACCAGAAUGCCUCUCAGGGAGAAGUUUAUGAAUCGACCACCCGUUCCCUUCUCGACAAUGUCCUCGAUGGAUACAACGCUACGGUCUUCGCCUACGGUGCAACCGGUUGCGGCAAGACACACACUAUCACUGGCACAGCGCAGCAACCCGGUAUCAUUUUCCUGACGAUGCAGGAGUUGUUUGAGAGAAUUGAGGAAAGAUCUGGAGAGAAAAGUACUGAAGUCUCUCUAUCGUACCUCGAAAUCUACAACGAAACCAUUCGCGAUUUGCUUGUGCCCGGCGGGUCCAAGGGUGGUCUCAUGCUUCGUGAAGAUGUGAAUCAAUCGGUCUCGGUCGCUGGAUUGUCCAGCCACCAUCCCCAGAACGUGCAGCAGGUCAUGGAUAUGAUUAUGCGAGGCAAUGAGUGCCGUACCAUGUCUCCUACUGAAGCGAAUGCCACCUCGUCCCGAUCCCACGCCGUUCUCCAAAUCAAUGUCGCCCAGAAAGACCGCAAUGCAGAUGUCAAUGAGCCACAUACCAUGGCUACUUUCAGUAUUAUCGACCUUGCUGGAAGUGAACGUGCCAGUGCAACCAAGAACCGAGGCGAAAGACUAUUUGAGGGUGCCAACAUCAACAAGUCGCUGUUGGCCUUGGGCAGCUGUAUCAAUGCCCUCUGUGAUCCUCGAAAGCGUAACCACAUCCCAUACCGCAACUCCAAACUCACUCGACUCCUCAAGUUUGCUCUUGGCGGCAACUGUAAGACCGUGAUGAUCGUUUGUGUGAGCCCAUCAAGCCAACACUUUGAUGAGACCCAGAAUACGCUACGAUACGCAAACCGAGCCAAGAACAUCCAGACCAAGGUCACUCGAAACGUCUUCAAUGUUAACCGGCACGUCAAGGAUUUCUUGGUCAAGAUUGAUGAGCAAAUGAAAUUGAUCAAUGAACUCAAAGCACAACAGAAGGAUUCCGAACAGCUAGCGUUCGGAAAGUUCAAGAAGCAGACCGAGAAGAAGGACGCUGUUGUGCGUGAAGCCAUUGCUCGCAUUCGCAGUGCGUACGAGCACACAUUGCCGGAGAGACAGGAGAAGACAAACAACAUGCUCAAGCUGAGACAAAUCAGUCGUCGCAUUGGAAUCUUGUCCUCUUGGAUUGCUGCAUUUGAUAACGUUUGUGCAUCUCGAGAGGGCGAUGAGGGCCUUGCCAACCUCUGGGCGAUUCGGAAAAGCGCGCAGGGGAUUCUUCUCGAGCUCGAAGACAGUCGACACCACUACAAUCAGCGAUUGUCAAAAAACACUUGGGAUAGAGCGAUGAACUCGGCAGUUGAAAACGCAACGAAACAACUGCAGGAAUUCAAUAUCAGUGAUAACAGUGACUUUGCGAACUUGGACCGAGAGGCUGAGCUUCUUCGGUCACACGCGGAGCGUGAAGCCCUGUCCGCAGUGGUUGAUCAAGACAAAGCUGGAGAAGCAGCUGCCGUACAGAUUCUUCUGCAGGCCCAAUUCGAACUUAUUGCCUCGAUUGAGGAUAUCAUGCAACUCAGCGCAUCCGAAGCCAUUCAGAAGGGCCGCGUGAUGCUCACCAAAAUGCUGGAAAGCUGUUCGACCACAGCAUCCAGCCUUGUCAAGCCUGAUGGCAUCUUGCCGGCGCUCCAGGUUCCGCCAAGUCCCGUCAAGCCAGCCAGUCCCCCGAAACCCAAGAAGCGGUUCAGCAUGGUCAGCAUGCCCCCUCCACGAACCUCUCUUGCCCCAUCCGUUCAGCUUGCCCCGGUGGCAGCUCCCUCGCCCACGAAGGGCUCGCCUCGUCGUCGGAAGGUCGCGGCUGGCCGUAAGAGUGUCAGUUUCACGCCCAAGAAGACCCAGGUGAAACCUACGAAACGAUCCGUCCGCUGGAAGGACGAUGAGCAAGAUGGCACCUUGACGGAAUGGCAGAAGACACCCCAGAAGGUCGAAUCUACGGAUGAAGCCAACUGGGAAGAGCCGUCUCUCCCCCGAGGAGCAUCUCCUAUUCCUCGAAACAUCCCUCGAGUAUUGGCGCCAUUUGGCUCGACGUCGCCACUUCCUGCGCCAUCCGAACAGUCCUUGAACAUUCCGAAGAACAACAACCGAUUCAAGGCAGGCUUCUUGUCUAAGCGUACUGGUAGCUCUCCCUUGGCAUCACCUCCCACAGCAAGCCUGUCGCUUUCUUCGGACAAUGAGAACUCGCCCCUUCGAGACAUUGAAGGCAGCAGCUUCCUGAACCGAGCCUCAACGGACCGUCCAUCGCGUAUUGCGGUCCGGAGCCCCAGCGCAAACUUCUCAAGCAGUCCAGUUUAUGAGAACAAGGACAAUUGGAAGUCCGAGAAAGAUGAUGCAAUCAAGAUCAACUCGGCUAUGCGCCGCAUCUCCAGUUCGCACUUUGGCCCCUCGUCUACCAAUUCUCUGCGAGUUCAUCGCCGCCGCAGCCCUACCUCCAACACCUACGGCAGCUCCCCGAGCGACGGUAAUAUGUUCACCGCAUCUCAGGCUCGCCGUAUGGUCAAGAGCGAAAAGGAAAGCGAGGCCAAGCACCGUGUCCUUAGCCCCCACACUCUGCCUGUGAUGAAGAACACUGGACGGCGUACGACUCUGGGAGGUGAUGUUCGAACACGGCAUGCCAGUCUCUCCAGUCGGGACGCGCUCCGCUUGAGUGCGAUUGCCGCACCCCCGGUCGACCGCAACCAGGACUUUAACAGCACCUCUGGUGGGCUGCGGUGA